AUGGUGCCAUCCCCGCGGCCGUGGCGCGCGCUGGUGGCCGUGUCCCUCUGUGCCCUGCUGUGCCUGGCGGCCGCGUACCCCCCCAAACCCGAGAGCCCCGGCGAGGACGCGUCCCCCGAGGAGAUGGCGCGCUACUUCUCGGCCCUUCGCCACUACAUCAACCUGGUCACGCGGCAGAGGUACGGGAAACGCGCCAGCCCCGGCGCCGCGGGGACGGAGCUGCUCCUGGGGACCGACAGGUCACGGUUCGAUGACGACUCCUCGUGGUGA